CGUUUCGGAAGCAAAAAGAGAGGAUUUUGAUUUAUUGGAGGCUUUGAAGGUGCUUGGGAUUCAAAUUUUCGAGUAAAGAGAGAAGUUUAUAUCUAUCAGCAUAAUGUUAGAUCUGUUUCAUUGACUCAAAAACUCUACUCUGUACUCUCUCUCUCUCUCUGUGCGUGUGUGUGUUCUCUGAUUCAAACUUUUUUCUUUUUUGUGUAUGAAAUGUUUGUGUUUUAUUUGAGUGGAGCCGCGAAUGAUGUGAUUCCCAAAUGGGUUUGGAUUUCUUGAAUAGCUGUAGUUUUAAUAGUGACAUAGACUAUGAGUUUCUAAUCGUUGGGUUGAGUUGAAAAAUGUGUAAACUUGAUAAGAGAAUUAGAUAAGCAAACAAAUGGGACUUGGGGUUCAAUAUAGUUUGUUUGUAUGUAUGUAUGUUCACUGGAGAGAUAAACGAAAAGAACAUAAAUAUUAUACUUCCUUUAUUUGUUCGUCACUAUUGCAAUUUUUGAUAGAAUAAAGGGUAGCUUUGUACCAUUGGCUUAAUUCUGGAUGGAAAUAAAUAUAUUUUCUGUAAGCUCAUUUGCUUCUCGAGUAUGUUUUUUGUCCUCCUUGAGAAGAAUAGCUAAUAAUUUGAUUCUGUUUUUCUACUACUAGUUUUGGACGUAAAUUUUUGAUGCUAUCGACACGAUUUAAGCUAAACCUUUUUCUAUUUCACCUGAUUCAUGAUGUAUCAUAGUGUUCAUGAAAAAGAAUUAACAAGUUACACAGUGACAAUUAAAAGAUGUCAAUUGGCUCUUCAACUUGAAGCUCGAAUCUCUUUGGCUGCACAAUUGCAAGUGACCUCAGUUCAUCAUUGGAAUUCAAAUCCCUCCAAAUGUGGUUUAAGCAUACAAAGAGAAUCCAGUGAACAGAGUUCUAAACCAUACAACUCCUUCCACUAAUUUGUGCUUUAUUUAAUAGUUUGAUUUGUGUUUUAAUUUUAUAUAAAGCAAUAGUAUAGCUAGAGGGAGAACGUGUGUGUGUGUGAGAGAGAAUGACUAGUAAUAUCUAAUGUAAAGAUGUUUUUACACUUUUUCAACCUUAUUAUUUUUUUGCCAAAUUUAAUUGUGUCAUUGGCUGGACUUUGGGUCCAAAUCAUUAAACUAAGUUUUUUUUUUUUUUUAUGGUUAAAAUUAUAAUUGGGAUUUUUUUGACUCAAUUUUUAUGGGUUUAAAUUUUUUGUAUGGACUAUGUUAUAUAGACUUAUAAAUUUGGGGCCUCUAUUUAAAUUGGGGCCUAAAGCCCAUGCUUUAGUGCCUUAUGUAUGGGCCGGCCUUGCAUGGGAUCUAUGAUACACUUCCAAUCUUUCAUUUCUAAUUUCUUUUUUCUUUUAUUUUCUCAACAAUCAAACUAUGAUUUAUGCAUUUCUAAUAUUUCAGUAGGGCAAUGUUUGGUGGGCUGAGAAAACAAAGGAAAAGAAAUCUGUGUUUUGACAUUGUCUGUUGUCCAGUUUCCAAGCAAAUCAUCUAAAUAAUUGUACAAGGAUGAGUUGAGUUUGCUAUUUCGGUUUUGCAAACAGCUUGCCAAUAAUUAGUGGUUGAUCUACACUUGUGGGAGUUUUAGUAGGUAAUGUUUGAUAAUCUGUUUUUGGUCUGGGAAGGAAGUAAUUCUUGUGUUAAUUAAUUCCAGCGGUUGAUUGAAAGGGACUUGCAUCAUUAUUUGAGUAAAAGAAUGGCAUCAAUGGGGAGACCGACGCCAUCUCUGAAGAGACGUGAUUCAAUGGUAUCAAAAGAAGGGGAUCAGCUGAUUAUAACCCCUUUAGGGGCUGGCAGUGAAGUGGGUCGGUCCUGCGUUUACAUGUCUUACAAAGGAAAAACUGUUAUGUUUGACUGUGGAAUUCAUCCUGGGUACUCAGGCAUGGCUGCUUUGCCCUACUUUGAUGAAAUUGAUCCUUCAAUCAUUGAUGUUCUUCUUGUUACCCAUUUUCACUUGGAUCAUGCUGCAUCCCUUCCAUAUUUCCUGGAGAAGACGACAUUCAAAGGGCAGGUUUUUAUGACACAUGCAACAAAGGCUAUCUACAAGUUGCUUUUGUCUGAUUACGUGAAAGUGAGCAAAGUUUCAGUUGAAGACAUGUUGUACAAUGAACAAGACAUUCUUCGCUCCAUGGAUAGAAUAGAGGUUAUCGAUUUCCAUCAGACUUUAGAAGUAAAUGGUAUCCGGUUCUGGUGUUACACUGCUGGCCAUGUCCUUGGUGCUGCCAUGUUCAUGGUCGACAUUGCUGGUGUUCGAGUCCUGUACACUGGAGACUACUCACGUGAAGAAGACCGGCAUCUUCAAGCUGCUGAGCUCCCACAGUUCUCCCCCGACAUUUGCAUUAUUGAAUCCACUUACGGUGUUCGACUUCAUCAACCGCGCCAUAUUCGAGAGAAGCGCUUCACGGAGAUCAUUCACUCAACCCUUUCACAAGGAGGUCGUGUCCUAAUCCUAGCAUUUGCCCUUGGCCGUGCACAAGAACUCCUCCUGAUCCUUGAUGAAUAUUGGUCAAACCAUCCUGAACUCCAUAACAUUCCCAUAUACUAG